UUCUUGAAAUACCCAGUUAUUUCAUGUCCUUAAAUCAUGGAAUUCUGUUUGCUAAUUUUUUUAUAUGUUUGCAUGAUUUUUUAUUUCUUAUUUUUCUGGGUAUUUUUUUUUUUUUUUUAGUGUUGAACUGAUAAUUUGUUUGAUGUUUCUUAUGUAAACAGAAAAUUAAUAAAAAUUGUUUGAUGUGUUUUUAAGUAUAUUAGAACUCUUAAAUCCACAUUGUCAUUUUGUUUCCUUAUUUGCUGUUGUUUUUAUAAAAUUUAGUUCUUUCUGUGUUUUCGAAGACCUAAAAUCAAAUCCCGUCUAUGUCUAUCCAAUGAUCCUUUGUGCUCCUGUACAAAAAAAGUAAAAAGAAAUAGGAAAUAUCUAGUUCUUGGUAGUUCUAUUUUUUUUUUUUUACUCCCUUUUUUAAAGGGGUGGGGUAGAAUUAGGAACUUAAACAAGGUUUGUACUUCCUGUAUUAGUGUUUUGCAGCCCAAAAGGAAAAAAAAAAAAUUAAAAAAAAAAAAAAAGAAAAGUAAAUUUUAUAAUGUUUGUAACUUUUGGGAUUUUUUAGGUAGGAAGAAGAUAGAGCUUGACUAAGAUCCAACUUUUGGAUAAUGUACAUUAUGAUAGUAAUGCCGACUUUUUAAUUUCCUAUUGUUAUUAUUUUCUGUAUACUUUUGGCAGAAGUAAUUAUAAAGAUCACCCCUUUAUAUAUGUAUCCUGUUUCUAUAAUUAAUAGUAGUAGGUAAGGGUUAGAAAGAGCUAGAAUCAGCUUAGUAUAUCCACAAAAUCUUUGUUAUUAGAUAUUUGGAUAUGGUUGCCAAGAGAUCUGUUACUAGUGAGAGAACAGUCAUGGCAUCAAGAUCAUAUGCAAGCUUUCUGGAUUUAGCAGCUGGAGGGUAUCUGGAUUUACCUCCAACUCCCAGAAACCUUCCUAAGGUGAUGACGGUCCCUGGUGUUAUACCUGAUGCAGACUCAAGUAGAAGUAAAGAUUCUAUUUCAGAUGCUUCCACUUCAGGAUAUCGUGACAGAAAAAUUGUAGUAGCAAAUUUUCUCCCAAUAAAUGCUCAAAAGGAUGCUAAAUCUGGUAAAUGGAGCUUCAGUUUAGAUGAAGAUUCACUUUACUUGCAUCUGAAAGAUGGGUUUUCAACUGAAAGUGAAGUUUUUUAUGUGGGGUCCUUGAAAGUGGAUGUUGACGUCAGAGAGCAGGAGGAAGUUGCCCAAAAUUUGCUUGAAAAUUUUCAUUGUGUGCCUACAUUUCUUCCAGCAGAUUUGCAAAAGAAAUUCUAUCAUGGGUUUUGCAAGCAAUAUCUUUGGCCUCUCUUUCAUUACAUGCUACCUAUGUCCCCUGAUCAUGGGUCUCGUUUUGAUCGGGGGCUAUGGCAAGCCUAUGUUUCAGCCAACAAGAAGUUUGCUGACAAGGUCGUGGAGAUACUAAACCCGGAGGAUGACCUUGUGUGGGUUCAUGACUACCAUCUCAUAUUGCUACCCACAUUCUUAAGAAGGCGAUUUUACAGGGUUAAGUUGGGGUUCUUUCUCCAUAGUCCAUUUCCUUCAUCAGAAAUUUAUCGGACUUUGCCUGUAAGGGAUGAAAUCUUGAAAGCAUUUCUGAACUCGGAUUUAGUUGGCUUUCAUACGUUUGACUAUGCUCGGCAUUUCCUCUCAUGUUGUAGCAGACUGCUCGGAUUGGACUAUGAGUCCAAGCGAGGAUAUCUUGGGAUUGAUUAUUUUGGCCGAACAGUGUAUGUUAAGAUUUUACCUGUGGGAUUGCAGCUUCGUCGCCUUGAAGUUGCAAUGAACCAUCCUUCUGCAUCUGCUAAAGUCAAAGAGAUACAGAAGCAAUUUGAAAAUAAAAAGAUAAUUCUCGGUGUUGAUGACAUGGAUAUCUUUAAAGGAAUCAGUCUCAAAUUACUGGCUGCUGAGCACCUAUUGCACCAGCAUCCUGAUUUGCAGGGAAAACUCGUCCUGGUCCAAAUAGUGAACCCUGCAAGAAGUACAGGGAAGGAUGUUCAAGAAGCAAAGUCAGAGACAUAUGAAAUAACCAAAAGGAUCAACAUGAAAUAUGGUUUUCCAGGAUAUGAACCUGUCAUCUUGAUUGAUCGACCAAUGCCUCUUUAUGAAAAAACUGCUUAUUAUGCAAUGGCCGAAUGCUGCAUUGUGAAUGCGGUUAGGGAUGGGUUGAACCUUACCCCAUAUAAAUACGUCAUUUGCAGGCAAGGAUCUCCUAAAAUCGAUGAGGCAUUGGGAAUUACCACCGGAGAAGCUCGUUCAAGUAUGCUGGUUGUCUCAGAGUUCGUUGGUUGCUCUCCAUCUCUCAGUGGUGCUAUCAGGGUUAAUCCAUGGAACAUUGAGGCCGUUGCAGAUGCUAUGAAAAUGGCUAUAAGUAUGUCUGAGUUAGAAAAGCAGUUGAGACAUGAUAAGCAUUACCGUUACGUUAGCUCUCAUGAUGUGGCCUACUGGUCCCGCAGUUUUGUGCAGGAUUUGGAGCGGGCGUGUAAGGAGCACUAUAACAAACGUUGCUGGGGAAUUGGUUUUGGGUUGAGUUUUAGGAUUCUUGCUCUCUCUCCUUCCUUCAGAAAGCUCUCAGUUGAAUACGUAGUUUCUGCAUACAAGAAGACGAAAAGAAGGGCAAUUUUUUUGGAUUAUGAUGGAACUGUUGUCUCUGAUAUGUCCAUUGUCAAAACCCCUAGUCCUGAGCUAAUAUCUAUUCUGAACAACCUUUGCAAUGACCCAAAAAAUACCGUAUUCAUUGUUAGUGGUAGGGGACGUGAUCCUUUGAGUGAAUGGUUAUCCCCUUGUGAGAAGUUGGGAAUAGCUGCUGAACAUGGAUACUUCUUAAGGUGGAACCAAAACUGUGAUUGGGAGAUAAGCCCGGUUACUGCUGACAAUGACUGGAAAAAAAUUGCGGAACCUGUGAUGCAGCUUUACACAGAGGCUACAGAUGGAUCUACCAUUGAGAGCAAGGAGAGUGCUGUAGUAUGGCAUCAUCAAGACGCAGACCCUGAUUUUGGCUCUUGUCAGGCCAAAGAAUUGUUGGAUCAUCUAGAAAAUGUCCUUGCUAAUGAACCUGUUGUUGUUACCAGGGGACACAAUAUUGUUGAAGUUAAGCCACAGGGUGUUAGCAAAGGGUUGGUGGCAGAGAGAGUGCUAUCAGAACUGACAAGUGAUGGACAGCCACCAGAUUUCCUGUUGUGUAUAGGCGAUGAUUUGUCAGACGAAGACAUGUUUGAAAGUAUAUUGAGCAAAGCUUCUUCGCCAUCUUCGGGUAUUGUGCCUGAGAUUUUCGCAUGCACUGUUGGUCAAAAACCGAGCAAAGCCAAGUACUAUUUGAAUGACACAAAGCAUGUGAUGAGACUGCUUCAAGGUUUGGCAUAUGCUUCGAACGGGAAGCCGCCUGAGUGCAAUCUACAAACCGAAGUCUCUUUCGAGAGCUAUGCUUAAGAUGUUGCUUGAUUUCUGAGUGAUAGGAAGGACAGCGAGACACCAAGGACGCCACAAAAUGGAUACACCACAUUGCUUGAAUAUGGUAGGAAUGCGCGAGUUUUUUUUGGUUAGGGGUUGGUAUGAUUUGGGGUGUAGCUGUAGGUUUUGGAGGUUUAGAUGUUGAUAAAGGGUGUUAGAUUACCUUGAUAACCCAAAAAAAAAAAAAAGUAAAUGGUUUGUAUAUGUUUUCUUUCAUGGAUUUUCUCAUACAGGGAAACUUGAGUCUUCUGAUACAGUUGAGAACAUAAACUGUUCUUCAUACCGCCCUCAUAAUCUUUGUCCAGAUGGAAACCUUUGUAAAUAUUCCCCAUAAUUAAAGAAUUUUUCUUAGAAUCA